AUGUCCUCUGCUCGGCGGUUGCUAACGUCUUCCGCAAGAUGGUCAUUCAGAAAGAAGCUUUUCGUUUACGGCGGGUCUACGAUCCUUCUAGGAAGUGGGGCAGCAAUUUACCGUUCUGUCGACUCACUCGAAGAUGUGAAACAAGUGGGACUAAUUCGAUUUGGUAGAGCAGCAGUUACGGUUGCAAAAAUUGUUGUGGACUACAAAUCAUCGUUACGUGGCCUAUCCGAUCCCUCCGACGACUACAACGCCGCUAUUAAACAGUGCCACAAGAGGAGUGCGACACGAUUGCUCGAAUUAGCAUGCGCCAACGGUGGCGUCUUCAUCAAGGUAGGUCAACAUCUCUCCGCCAUGGAGUACCUCAUCCCGAGCGAAUACACAUCAACGUUAUCAGUAUUGACAUCGAAGGCUCCGGAAGCAUCAUUGGAGGAUGUGAUCUACGUGAUCGAAUCACAGCUGGGCAAAAAAGUUGAUGAGGUGUUCUCGGAGUUUUGUGAAAAACCAAUAGGCGCAGCCAGCCUUGCUCAAGUCCAUAUUGCAAAAUUAAAGGAGAAUGAUAAGAAGGUUGCCGUGAAGGUGCAACAUCGCCGAGUAUAUAAAAAUAGCAGAACUGAUAUCAAUACCAUGGAGGUCUUGGUAAAAUUGGCAGACAAAAUUUUCCCCGAGUUCAAACUGAUGUGGUUGGUAGAAGAAGUGAAAAAGAAUUUACCACAUGAAUUGGAUUUUAUACUUGAAGCAAAGAAUGCGGAUCGAUUGGCUGAAAUGUUCAAACACCUUAAAUUCUUGAAGAUCCCGGAAAUGUACUAUGAAUACAGUACUCCCCGACUAUUAACCAUGGAAUUCUGUGAAGGCGAGCACAUUGAUGACAUCGAUUACAUGAUCAAAAACAAAAUUAAUAGGCAUGACGUCUGUCGCAAAAUGGGCAGGUUAUACUCAGAAAUGAUUUUCCUUAAUGGCUAUCUGCAUUCCGAUCCACAUCCGGGCAAUGUUCUGGUUAAUAAGAAGGAAAAUGGCGAGGUGGAGAUUGUCCUGCUCGAUCAUGGACUCUAUUUGGACAUCGAUGAUAGAUUCAGAGGACUCUAUGCUGAUCUUUGGCUUGCCCUUUUGGCACCUGAUCCAGACAAAUUGAGGAGUGUAGCCGCAGAAAUGGGUGUCGGUGAGCUGUAUGGACUGUUUGCGUGUAUUGUUGCUAGAAGGUCAUGGAAAGCUGUUUCACAAGGAAUUAAGAGUAAAAAGAUGGACAAUGACGAGAAAGACGAGUUACGGCUGUAUGCUGCCUCACUGAUCCCACAGAUCAGCGAAGUAUUACAUCGGAUGCCUCGACAAAUGCUCCUCAUUUUGAAGACUAAUGAUCUACUCAGGAACCUCGAGCAUGUUUUGGGAACCGAGAAUCGUUCAGAUGCACACAUUGAGAUGUCAAGAUGUGUAGUGCGAACGCACUAUGAACUUAAACUCAAAAAUCUCAACCGCAGCAUUUGGGAGACGCUACGAAUACGAUUGAGAUUAUUCUGGGCAUUAUUCAAAAUUCAAUCGUAUGAAUGGUACCUCAUAACAAGAGAUACGUUCCCGUUUAGGUUCUACAUGCAGUUGGUAACACGAUUUAAAUGA